AUGGCUCGCAAAGCAGAGGAAGACAGAAUAAGGCAGAAAGAAGAAGCAGAGCUUUUAAAAGAACAGCAAAAACUGCAAAGGGAAGAAGAUGAGAGAAAAGAAGAAGAAGAAAGGGUCCGUAAAGAGCAAGAAGAACAGGAGCGUCUUGCUGAGCUUCAGCUCCAAGUAAGGCAGUAAUGUAAUAAAUGUUAACUUUGGAUGUUCCAUAGAAGAAGUGUGUAGUGGUUAUGGAACUUUUCUUUUUUUCUGUUAUUGUAAAUUAAUGAAAGCAGUUCAUCGAAGACAAAAAAUACACCUAGAUGACUUUCUGGUGAUCAGUAGUUUAUUCUGAAUGGUUUUGUUUAAUCAGAAUCCAACUAGAGUUCAAAUCCCAUGCAAUAAUUAGAAUGGACCAAUAGUAGUAAUCUGGUGCAAUAACAAUAUAAAUAUACAAAGUCCAUAAUGUUUACAUUUAUACUACCAUUUAUCUAAUGUGUAGUUUUAUAUUGCAUCUACUUAUAUUUAAUUACUAUCCUUUUGGUGGUCUAUUAUAUCAAUUAUUACUUAAUUCUGUAUAGUCAGUGUUUGUGUGUAACAGUGUGUAUAUACGUGCCAUGCAUAGUAUUCUCAUUCUCUCCACAUCUCGGCUUCCAGGCUCUGAGAUCACUGUUUAUUGCUAUUGAGAUAUCCCUGCUCCCACAGACUUAACACAGUGAUCUCUGCACAGACUCUGGCAGCCAUGAGGUGGUUGGUUUUUAACACGCAGAGUAGGCACCUAAAGCAUCCCUAUCAUCUUCUCUGUCCAAUUAUAAAUCCAACUCAUUAGAUGAGACUUAAAUCCUAUAGUGCUUAGUUCAAAUGCUCAUACCGUAGUUUUGAAACGCUGGAUUACAUGACCGGCAUUAAGGGUUGUGUGUACAUUUACACAUAUUCUGUCUAAGCUGUUUAAUCUUUUGGCAUAGCAUAGUCCCCAACAGCUGUGGUGGCAAAAGUUAGCAAUUACUUAUUUAGUUAGAAGCUGUGUGUAUGUGCCAAAGUACCCAUUCUUAUUUCCACAAAACAAGUACCUUAAAUAAACCUGAUCAGAAUUUGUAUGAAGUCCUACAAAGUUGGUAUUUGUUUUUAAGAGAGAAGAAGCAGAAGCAAAAGCCCUUGAAGAAGCUGAAAAGCAAAGACAAGAGCGUGAGAAAAUUAUGCAGCAGAAUAUGCAAGAAAGACUUGAAAGGAAGAAGGUAUUAUUAGCAAUAUAA